AUGCGCACAGUAGACCCGGCCGUCUGGUCCAAGUACAAGGCCAAGAGCGGCGUGAAGCUGAGCUGGCAACAGGCCGAGAGUCUGGAGGAGAGGCUGCGCAGGAGUCUGGUGGACGCUUUCAAGGAGUACGUCACGCACUGCACGAUCAAGGGCGUCAGAUUCGCGACGGAUAAGGACUCUCCGACGGCUAUGAGGUGGUGCUACAGGAUCAUCAUGCUCCUCCUCAUGAUCUGGGGCUCGUCGUGGGUGGCGUUCAACUGCUACAGGGCGCGCGUACGUCCUCCGCUGCAGAUCAACCUGCAGGACAGCGAGGGCGCGCCCUCCGUGCCCUUCCCGGCUGUCGGCAUUUGCAGCAACUGCCUCGUCAGCGAGAAGGCGCUCCAGCUCUAUGCUGAUGAACUGGUUGCAAAAGAUAAUAACAGAUCACUCUCGAGAGAGGACAUAAAGACCUAUCUAAAGAACUUCGGAGCGAUGAUCACUAGCUCCCGACCGAAGAAUGAGGACCUGCAGUUUCUACGCUUCCUUUACAAGAUAGAUAACAACUUUAACAUAACCGAUCUUAUGUAUAAGCUGGCACCUAAGUGUUCUUCCAUCCUUAAGAAGUGUUCCUGGCGCGGCCGCCUGAUUGACUGCCAGAUCAUGUUUGCAGAGAGGGCCACUCCCCUCGGCUUCUGCUGUGUCUUCAACUCUAGAUACUACCCAGUGGAUAUGAAUAACGGAGCAAAGACACUCGACAGGACCGGCGUGAACCAUGGACUGCUGGUGGUUGUGAAGGAGAACCCUGAUGACUUUGCGGUCAUCCGACGCCCCACUCUAAUCGGUUUGGAUGUGAUGGUGUUCGACGGCGAUGAAUACCCGCUACUGGAAAGCGGCGCGGUGCGCACGUACUGCGCAGGAAUCAACGACUCGGUCUACUUCAAGCUGGAGGCGCACGCGCAGUACGUAGCUGACUCCGUGGAGUACUUCGACGAGGAGAGGCGAGGAUGUCGAAUCAGCCAGUCCCCUCGCAGUAGUUUCGCCUGGUGCCUGACAGAAUGCCGCCGCGCGGUCACCAUGGCGAUAUGCAAUUGCGUGCCUUUCUACCUGCCGCGCAACGCCACCGAUAUCGUCUGCACCACGGAGCAUCUUCAGUGCUUGUACAAACAUAGGGAGAAGAUGAGGUACUACUACCCGGGAGACAUGCAGGACGCCAGCCUGGGCGAGGAGCUGCAGGACUCGCAGUCGUGUCCCGCCUGCGAGCCUGACUGCGCGCGCAUCUACCACUCCGCCAACGCUUUCCACACGCUCUACUAUCGCUCCGAGAAGCUGUUCAGCAAUCAGUUCAGAUUAGCUGUAUCGCUCGCCAACACAACAGUGCUGCGGUUCUACUACACGACGCUCAAACACCAGGUGUACAACGUGGAAAUCAACAUGAGCUGGUACGAGGCCUUUGCCACAAUCAGCUGUCACAUCUGUUUCAUGCUGGGAGUUUCCCUGAUAUCCGUGGCCGAGCUGGUGUUCCACCUGACCUUCCGAUGGGUCUAUCACUUCAUACGGAGGUCACGACGGAUCAAACGAAGAGAUACGUAAACUUAUGUUAUGUAGAGUAACAUAUUUUAAUAAUAUGUGUACACAGCUAAGUUGUUUGUUUUUUAACAAUAAAUGGUUGUUUGCCAAUCGUAUAAAAAUUAUGUUUGCAUGUAUAAACAAUUAGUAAAAUGUCAUUCGACCUACGCCACGCUUAAAGUGUAAUGUAAUGAUGUAUUUUAUUGUGUAAUCACAUAGUAUACCAUACGUUACUAGUAACAUAUUACUAUAAAAUUAUAAUCAAAAUAAUGUGGAAAAAAUGUGAUAUGAAGGAUAGGUAACAGAUAUUAUAACGGAAGUAAACAAAAACAAAAAUAUAAUUUGCAUUGAUUAAUUUAUUUAAGCUUACUUAUAUUUCUAAAGAUAACAGUCGCUAAUAAAACAUUUUUGUAUUAUUAAAUAUAAAUAAUAGCUUGGCACAAACAAUAACUAGUUAAAUAGCAAAAUAAAGUUAAUUUAAGAUAACUUCUGAAAUCCAGUUUACAAUAUUUUUGUUAAAAAUGCUUG